AUGAGAUGGGUAAGGCCUUUGCGCGAAUGGCUGAUGAUGUGGACAUGAACACAAAGCUCAAGCAGGUCACACGCGAGGAGGACCCUAUGCUGGAAUACAUGAUGAAGAAGCAGAUGAAAGAGACCAAACAGCCCCUGAAGCCUUUGUAUAAAGGUCCCUUCCCUCCAAAUAGAUUUAACAUCAGACCGGGAUACAGAUGGGAUGGUGUUGACCGUUCCAGUGGCUUCGAAAAUCAGUGGUUUGAGAGGCAGAACAACAGGAGAGCAGUUGAAGAGGAUGCCUAUAAAUGGAGUGUGUCUGACAUGUAGACUGGGGGCUUAAAUCACUAAAACUCAUAUUCUGGAAUAUUUUACUUCAAAUCUGAUAGUCUUCACACUAAUCUCAAUGU